AUGCCGCCUAGGCCCAUGUGGCUUAUAAAAGAGGACGAACUCAAUGAAGAGUUCAUCAAGGGCGGAAGAGGACCAGGCGGUCAGAAGAUCAACAAGACCAACUCCAAGGUCCAGUUGACCCAUCUACCCACAGGCAAAGUUGUCACUUGUCAGUACUCGAGGUCGCAGGAGAAGAAUAGGAAGAGGGCCAGGGAGAUCUUGGCCAUGAAGCUUGAAGAGAUGGAGGAUCCAGAGAACUGUCGGUUGGCAGCUGUGGCUAAGAGGAAGGCUGGGGUGAAGCAGAAUAGGGCCAAGAAGCUGAAGAAGAAGUACGCUAAGGAAGAGGCGAAGAAGAAGAAACAGGGUGGGGAUGACGUGGAGCCUGAAGGUGAGGUUCUUGAUAUUGAAGCUGAACUAGACCAGCUACUUGAACAGUCCCGCAAGGGGAAGUAA